AUGUCCGGGCGCGACACACCUUUGAAGCAAGAUGCCUCCGCAAUUGUCGCCAGUGUGGCUAUCGACCCUCAGGCCGAGCGCUCGCUGGUUUGGAAAUUCGAUCUCCGACUGCUCCCUGUCCUAGCAGUCAUGUACCUCUUCAACAGCCUCGAUAAGUCGAAUCUGGGGAAUGCGAAGACUGCAGGGCUCGAAGAUACCCUCCACUUGCACGGCAAUCAGUACAAUCUCAUCCUCAGCAUUUUCUUCGUGCCCUAUGUCCUCACCGCGCCGUUCCUCGGUCUCCUCGGCAAGAAAUAUGGUCCGAACAUUGUGCUGCCCUCAAUGAUGCUCACGUUUGGAACUUGCACUAUUCUGGUCGUCGCUGUGUUCAAUUUCAGUGGGUUAUUUGCCAUUCGCUGGUUCCUGGGGAUGGCCGAAAGCGCAUUCUUCCCGUUGGUGAUUUACUACCAGACAACUUUCUACCGCCGAGGCGAAUUAGCCCGCCGUCUCGCUAUCUUCUAUGCCGCGCAAAGCAUCGCCUCUGCAUUCUCCGGUCUCUUGGCCUUUGGAGUCUUCCGCAUCCACAGCGGCCCCUUGGCGCCGUGGCGGUACUUGUUCCUGAUCGAGGGAGGCGGUACUGUCAUCUUUGCCUUGUUCGCCUUGUGGUAUCUACCGCGGUCGGCAUCAGAAGCACGGUUCCUGACCCCCGAAGAGAAAGAGCUGGCUUAUCUCCGACUGCAGCUGGAUAGUUCGUCGGUGGUGAACGAGAAACUCAACAUUCGCGACGCAUUCCGCGUGUUCCAGCACUGGACCAGCUGGGCGAUUCUGGCUAUUCAAAUCUGCCUCGGUGUGCCUCUGCAGUCUGUCCAGCUGUUUCUUCCUGUGAUCAUUGAGCGUCUUGGAUACAACACCGUCAAGACCAACUUGUUCACCGUUGCGCCUAACGUGUCUGGUGCCGUGGUCUUGCUCAUCCUGGCUUUUGGCAGUGACUGGACGCGAUGGCGGUUCCCGUUUAUUGUGCUCGGGUUCCUGUUCACGUUUAUUGGAUUCGUGAUCUAUGCGGCUAUCGAUGUUCAGCAGGAUCUGGGCGUCGCCUACUUUGCUUCUUUUCUCAUGACCUGGGGCACAUCUGCACCCUCCGUUCUCCUCGAUACGUGGUAUAAUAACAACACCGCCAAGGAAGGACGACGUCUGGUGUUGACAAGCAUUGCGGUCCCAGUGGCCAACCUCAUGGGAGUUGUGAGCUCCAAUAUCUUUCGCAAGCAGGAUGCGCCGAAUUAUUUCCCGGCUUUGAUUACUACCGCGGCCUUUGGUGGCACGGGACUUAUUCUGACGCUGGCUCUGGGACUGUGGAUGAUGAUGGAUAACAAAAAGCGAGACCGGGCGCAGGGUGUUUGCGUCAAAGCUAAGGAUAUUCCUACGGAGAACCUCCAGGAUGGGCCCGCGAGCAGUGACUUCCGGUGGUUUUACUAG